UAACGUCCUUCAUGACUCCACUUGAUACUUUCCUUCGUUUAUUUAAAUGUUUUAUUCGGGAAGAGAUUUGGUGGAUGUGGUGGAUGUUGUAAAUCCAUAUCUUUAUGUUGGUAUUUUUGGUGUAAUCUUGUGCUGUAAUUUGUUAAGUGAUUCUCGAGUGUAAUGCUAGCCUUUAAAUGCCUACUGCUUCCCAUUUGGAUACUGUGCGACUGCCUUGGAAACCUCUAAGUGAAACCCAGCGCCAGGAACCAAUCACAGCGGCGGGGGAACGAAUGCCAUGCAGCUUUAAGCGAGACACGACGGGAGGCAAAUUGCUAUCAAAAUCUGCUGCAGUUUCCCCGUCAACCUUUUCUCCAAAACUUUAGAAAAAAAAAAAAAAUCAGAGAAAAACCCGGAAGGAAUUUUCAUACAUUUUCCCAUCAGAUACGAUAGAGAGGGGAAAAAAAACACACGAAUAAAGAUAGAAGAAGCGGAAAUUCAUCAGAAACCAAGUGAGUCGAAUCCGUCCUCAGUUGCCCUCUCGACGUCGACGGGGAAGCCUCCUGAACCGCCUAAUAAGGAGGGCGAGCGAGGCAGGAUGCGGAGUCUGCUGGGCCUCUUCCUCCUGGCGGCUGCGGCGACGCCAGGCGGGGCCAGCCUCACGCACUCGGUGUCGCGCCGCUGCAACGACACGAUCUCCAGCGCCUACGAGAGCGAGGGCGUGGUCACCUCCCCCGGCUUCCCCUCCCGCUACGACCCCCACACCAGCUGCUCCUUCACCUUCGUCGGCGCCCGUCACCAGCGGGUCAGGAUCCUCUUCACCGAGUUCAGCCUGAAGGAGCCACCGGAGCACCUGCGGCCGCACGAGAGAUGCCUCCACACGGACUGGGUGGCCGUCUACAACGUGAUCAACGGCAGCAGCAAACAGGAGAUUGAUCACUUCUGCGGAACGACGGUGCCCAACUCCGUCAUGUCUGCCUCAUCUGGUCUCCAGCUGGUUUUUAAAUCGGGGUCAAGAAGCCCGAUGGAAAAAGACCUGCAGAAUCCACGCAUGGGGUUCUCAGCCAGGUUCAAAUUCGUCUCGGACCUCGGACUCAAAAGUGGACGCCAGAUGUCGGACGGGAGUUGCCACUUCGUCUUCAACAGCACGGAGGCCCGGAAUGGCACCCUCUAUUCGCCCAAUCCAGAGGGCUUCUACCCACUGGACACCACCUGCGUUUAUUUCUUCUAUGGUCUGCCAGGCGAGAUCGUCAGAAUCAUUUUCAAGUACUUCGAUGUGGAAGGAGUUUUGCCGUGCAAUUCCGAGUCCGACAGCGACUACCUCGAGUUCUCCAACUUCCCGAGCGCCGACCGCAAAAUCCCGACCUUCUGCGGCUACAUGGCUCCCAACGUCAUUCACAGCGACUCCUCUUACUUCAGGAUGACGUUUAGAAGCAACAGCAAAUUCGGAGGAACUGGAUUUGCUGCCGAUUACCAGUUUCUGGAUAACUCGAGGCAUCCCUUUGCUAUUAAGAGGGUCAUUGGGGCGGCUUUUGUGAAUGGAGGUCAACACAGUCGAGCAAAUUGCCUCCUAGUAGUGACUGUCACUUCAUUGUUAAUUGUCAAGACCCUGCAGUUAGGAUGUUCCAGUAUAAAAGAAAUUGCCUAACUCUGUGGCUUUUAUGUAUAUUGCCUUAAUAUGCAACACAAUAAAUGAAUUUGAAUUGAU